AUGAAUAUCUCAGAUUGGUGCAAGUCAAAAGCUGGACCUUCAACUUCAAGACGAGCCCAUGACGAGAAUGAGGAUACUGCAUUGAGACGAGACGAGAGCAUGGAGGAUAACGAUGGGUCCGAAAUGAGACUGGAUCCAGAAGAACAAGAGCACCAUGUGGACUUUGAUGCAUCGUUUUCGUCAAGAGAUGGCAGCAGAAUGGAGAGCGAUUCGAUAAAGUCUUUUUCAGAGAGCGAGGUGUAUACUAUGAGCAAGGCUUUUGUGGAGGAUGAUGUGGAAGACUCGCAGCAAACGCAGUUGACAUCCACCGAGAACAUUCUAAGUGGACUUGACAGGUGGCACCCCUCCAAAGGAACCGCCCGAUCACCAUCACCCAUUCUAUCAGCUCCAAAUCGACAUGAUGAUAUACUGAGCAUCGAUGAUGACGUGAUUGAGGAUGAUGAUGAUUCAUGGCCUUCACCAGCACCGCAUGCUAUGAACAAUGAGCAACAACAACAACAGCCAUCCUUCCACAUGCAAGAUGAACCUAUCGACAUGCCUGAACCACCCACCUUUAAAACCGUUACCCCAACACCAUCACAAGAAAUGAAUACCCAUACGACAUUGAGGCCUUUCAUCAAGCUGAAAAAACAAAGUACGGGCUUCAAGGCAAUGGAGGACAUUAUACAAGCAUACAAGGAACAUGAAAUAUGGUUACGGCAAGCGAGAGAAGAAGUUGUAAACAAGGGCUCGAUUGCACGUUUAUGCGUCUCCUCAGAGGAAGCUCACCUUUUUCGCAUUGUACGAACAUGGAAGGAUCAUGGUCUCAUUUUCGGUCGUUGUGUGCGUUUGAAUCAAGAUGAAAUCAACUAUAUUUUACGUCGACAAAGGGACAACAUCAACACCCUGGGCAAUACUACACAAGACGACAUUAUCGAAGAUAGCUAUUCACAGCCCAUGCAAUUGCCACCUUACAACCCAGGCAAUGAUAAGGAGGAUGAGCAGUUUGUCUGCGUAUUUUCAUUCGCAUAUAUGCAUGCUCCAGACAGCACACGGAAUAAGCUGCUGAAAGAAGAAUGGGUCGCUAUAUGGCCUCCUUGGACACUCAAAAAACUUCCAGAAGGAGAUAUUUAUAUAGUUUCACGAUUCAUGUCUCAAUCAAUAUACUGA